UCUAAAUCUGUCCAGCUGUGCACGAGCUUAUUGUUCAUUUUGAUGUUUUAAAGGCCAUUUUCUUUCACUUCAGAUUUUCUGAUGUAUGAAAUACAAAGACACAAAACAAAAAAAGCUAUUUCCUGCAAACUGCUUGUCAGAAAACCUCAACAGUGACACGUCAAGAGGAAGGAGGUGGGCUUUACUCGGUGUGCCUGGUUAGACGCUAUGUGCUGAUCUCAGAUGACCAACAUUUCAAAUGGAGGAAUCAUCUCUACAGCUGCUGCUGGUUGUGAUCUCACUGCUGAGAUGUACAACAAACCAAGCCUCUCUGACUGUGAGUCCCAGCAAAUCUCAGAUGUUUAGAGGACAGGAUGUCUCUCUGAGCUGUGAGGAGGACGACAGCUCUGCUGGAUGGACUCUGAGGAGGAACACAACCAGAGAAAACAGGACUCAGUGUGGAGAUGACUGGGGAAAAACUGCUGGUUCUUCCUGUAAAAUCAGCUUAAUUAUUCCAGAGGACAGUGGAGUUUACUGGUGUGAGUCCAGAGAGGGAGCAACCAGUAACAGCAUCAACAUCACUGUCACUGAUGGACCAGUGAUCCUGCAGAGUCCUGUCCUCCCUGUGAUGGAGGGAGAAGACCUCACUCUGCACUGUAAAACAGAGACGUCCUCCAACCUCCCAGCUGGUUUCUAUAAAGAUGGCUCCUUCAUCAGGACUGAGCCUGCAGGUCACAUGACCAUCCACCAUGUUUCCAGGUCUGAUGAAGGCCUCUACAAGUGCAACAUCAGCAGUGAUGGAGAGUCUCCAUCCAGCUGGGUCUCUGUCACAGGCAAAAUUCCGACUGCAAGUCCUCAUACAUCCCCCUCUAGUCCUGAUUCCUCCCCUCCUCCCUCCAUGUUGUGGUCUGCUGUUUCAGUCGGUGUUCUGAUUGGGAUUGUUCUACUGGUUGUGCUGGUUCUACUGGUGAGACGAUGCGUCCAUAGGAAAAGGAAAGCUGCCGACGCUGGAGAUGAUGACAACACAGACAACGCCACAUACAUUGAUGUCCAAAUAUCACGUAACCUGCAAGUACCAACCAGAUGGAGCAGAGAGAGUGAUCCUGCUGCAAUCUACUCCGGACUGAGAACAACAGACAUCUGUUACGGACAAAUAGUGAUCAAAGACAAGAAAUCAAACAGGAAGAAAGAGAGUGAUCCUGCUGCAAUCUACUCCGGAGUGAGAACAGAAGACGUCAGUUACGGACAAAUAGUGAUCAAAGACAAGAAAUCAAACAGGAAGAGAGAGAGUGAUCCUGCUGCAAUCCACUCCGGAGUGAAAACAGAAGAAGUCUGUUACGGAGAAAUAGUGAUCAAAGACAAGAAAUCAAACAGGAAGAGAGAGAGUGAUCCUGCUACAAUCUACUCCGGAGUGAGAACAGAAGACGUCUGUUACGGAGAAAUAGUGAUCAAAGACAAGAAAUCAAACAGGAAGAGAGAGAGUGAUCCUGCUGCAAUCUACUCCGGAGUGAGAACAGAAGACGUCUGUUACGGACAAAUAGUGAUCAAAGACAAGAAACCAAACAGGAAGAGAGAGAGUGAUCCUGCUGCAAUCUCCGGAGUGAGAACAGAAGAUGUCUGUUACGGACAAAUAGUGAUCAAAGACAAGAAAUCAAACAGGAAGAAAGAGAGCGAUCCUGCUGCAAUCCACUCCGGAGUGAAAACAGAAGAAGUCUGUUACGGAGAAAUAGCGAUCAAAGACAAGAAAUCAAACAGGAAGAAAGAGAGUGAUCCUGCUGCAAUCUACUCCGGAGUGAGAACAACAGACGUCAAAGACAAGAAAUCAAACAGGAAGAAAGAGCCUCCAGCAGAGCCAGAGGUCCUCUACUCCUCACUGAGGAAGACCUGAACACCAUCACACCAGUCCAACCAGUGGAGUCCAGCCGGCCAAUCACUGGUCCCCAGAGAUUCUCACAUCUACAUCUGUAUAGCCCCGGCGUAUUUGUCGAAGAUUUUAAACCUUUGCGAGCAUAAAAAGGUCAGUCCGGUCAUCCAAUCAACUGGCUUUAGAAGUCCCAAGGUAGAGGUACAAACUGUGGGGUCAGCCCUAUGUUCCCACAGCCCUAUGUUCCCACAUUUCUAAGAUUUUUCUUAAAAUUAAGGUUAGGGUUACGUUUGCAACAAACAAAGAGAUGGGCGCACCAGAUUUAGCUAAAAGCUACAUUCCAUCUGUAGUCCAUAGCUACUGGAUAAUAAGUUGGGUGUAAUUGGCUACCAAAUUGGGAGAAAGGGGGAUAAAAUCUGAUACAAAUUUAUGAAAAAGGAAAUGUGGGAACAUAGGGCCUAAUUUUGAAAAAAAUCUUGAAUUUGUGGGAACAUAGACCUGUGGGACCAUUGGACUGUGGGAAAAUAGGCACGCUCCCCAAACUGAAGGGGGUCACUCUUGUUGCAGCUUAGAUUUUAGAACAAGUUACAUUCACACCAUUACAGACGUUGUUCUUUUGAAAUACAAAUUUAAAACUUUAUUUAGAAUGGCUUUUAAUGCACAGUAGCGUUGCAGCAUUAUCUCUUUAUUUCUCCUGUUUCUAUGCAACAGUUUCAGAUUUUACUGUAUUUUAUGUUUUAUUCAUUUUAUUGUAUGGUAUGUUGUUUUAUUCUUGGUCCUUCAAGCACUUUGGAUACCUGUUGGUUGCUGUGAAGCACUUUAAGAAUAAAUGUUGAUUGAUGUUAAUGCAGCUAGAAAGAGACAAUCAACUCACAUUUUAAGCAUGUUUGCAUUCUUUAGAUGCGUUUCGUUCAAACAAAUACUUAUUUAAGUCAUAGAUUUGUUCCUCUGUAAGUGUUUCAUACGUUGCACAACAACCAACAAAUAUCUACUGAACAGAGUCUAAUGAUAAUAACUAUUUACUGAUAUUUAUUUUGUAUUUAUGAGCUUGUUUCUGUGCAGGAUCAUUAAACUCUGGUGUCACCAGUUGUU